CCGGUACGGGAGGGUGCGUUUGUGUGUGUGGAGAAUCCAUUAUAUCCGCGUAUUUCCCCGUGUGUGAUGCCAACGGAUCCAGCACAUUUCGCCUCAACACUGUGGUCGUUGUCACGGAGCACCAGCAGAGGUGUUAGCAGGGUGAUCCAAACAAAUUGCCAUAAAAUUAUUCCCCCUAUUACCCCUCAAAAAUCAUUCCAACAAAACAACAAACAUCUGAUUAUUCCAUUGGCUGGAGGUGCAGUGGAUCUCUGAGGUGAAGUGUCAAGGAAAAAGGGUAAAAAAAACGUUGAAAAAGUGGAGAAGAAGGGUAUCCGGCGUCUGAGCCGAGUGAUGGAGGCAGUGAACACAAGUGAGAGUGAGUGAGAAAGCGCCGAGGGCGCAGGAGUUGCAGUCUCUUGGACAUAGGACAUUCCUUGUCGUUUGCAUUUCAAUAUCUCACCCUAUUGCCCCGAGGGAACCGAUAAUACACGAGUGUACGUGGGGAUAAACAAUUGGAGUUGAUCCCUGUGCGUUAACAAACGCGGGAAACAAGUGAGUGACUGCGAAGUGGAAAAAUCGAUCGAGAAGAAAAUUGUGAAUAAUAAUCUCCAACGUCUUUGGUGAGCAUUGGCGAUUCGCGGGGUGUGUUUUACCUGGCGUUGUGUCACGGGAUUCUCCCCUUCAGUUAUUAAACCCACGGGGAUCGAUGUCUGUGGUGUGAGGGAGGUGAAAACAUGGCUGAGGAGCUGCUGGUCACGCUUAGCAGAAACGACACAGCGGGAUUCGGAUUCUCCUUGCUUGGUACUGCCGGCUUACCCCACGUCAUUUAUGAUAUUGUAGAGAAUUCACCGGCAGCGGAGUCUGGCAAGGUAGAGGCUGGAGACGUAAUCCUUCGAGUAAAUGACAUAGACGUCAACCGUUUCACCACCAAGGAAGUGCUCAAAUGUUUACGAUUGUCCUCGGAUCCAGUGACCCUAAAGCUCAGGAGGGAUCCAGCGAUAAAAGCACACGUGAGGCGGUUACUAGCCCCAGGACAAGAACUUUUGGACGAAGUGAGUUGUCCACGUGUGUGUGCAGAUGGAAGAACCAACUUGGGUAACUACGAUGAGCAGAAGAAGAAGAAGGUGAAGGGAAGAAAAGCAGGAUCGCCAGAGUUGGCACUCGGUUCGCCACAGGCGGUGGUGCCAGCUGGUGCGCAGUAUGCAUCAAGAAGCAAUGGAUCGUACAGCGAUGCCUCGGGCUCCUCCGAGUUUGAGGCACUUUUACCAGUUAACACAGACAGUUUCAAAGAGGAGGAACGAGCACAGUGGGAGCCACUAUCAGGCGACAAAUUUAGCAGACAAAAAAAUACACCUAGAUUCGAGGCAUACAUGAUGACCGGGGAUUUAAUGUUGAACCUCUCUCGAACCCAACAAAGCACUGGUUUUCUCCCCAAAUACCAGAAGAAAGUCGACUCACUCCGUUACAACAACCACUACAUCCAUCGUCAUCACAAUUACUACAAUCAUCACCAUCACAAUUCAGUCCCAACGAGCCCAAACGAGAUGCUGGGCCAUCGUUCCUACAAAUCCACCACUGGCUCCAAUUCAGCCACGACCUCGCCAGUGGGUGUGGGUAAACGAGAUCCCAGUCAGUGUCCAAGCAUUGUGGACACGAAGACCAACGUCACGAAUUUUGGUUACUCAAGUGGUUUCGUCAGGACAUCGAGGUCAGAGGAUCACCUGCAAUUCCAGAAGGACCCGUCGAUGAGUGCAGUGGAUAUUGACAUCGAUGAGGACGUCACCUCAAGCCUCAACACACUAUUAGACACACGACCUGACAGUGGACAGGGUGUCUCGAGUGAGAGGAUUGUGUGGACGUAUAAUGCCCCAGUGAGUUCACCUUCAGCUUCCGCAUCAGAACGCACCUCGUGCUGUCAAAAUGGCAGUUCAUCGCAGUCGUCCAGCAGCAGUUCAGAGGGCACAAGUCCUCAGCGUUCCUUAUCCCCAGCCUCUCCAACAUCCGUAUCCUCAUCAGUCAUGUCCUCCAAUUCUGGAUCGCGCAGAUUUCCCCUGCCAAGUCCAGGUAAUCCCUUUCCCCAAUCAAGCAACAGUCCCAAUCUGCCCAAUUGCUCAGCAGGAACUCCAAGCUUUCCACCGACAAAUGGUGAUCUCAGUCAAUCAGAGGCCAUCAGCAACAUGUCAAGCCCGGAUUACAAUGACGAAGAGACUAUGGACAUUCUCAGUGCACGUGAUAUUAUGAUGGUUAGUGAUCCAAGUGACAGUGACUCGACGAUCCUCGCGAGUGAACCACCGCAGAGGAGAAUUAAUAAGAGUAUGGGCUAUGCACAAGAGCACAGCCAAUCUAGUGAGCAUAGGAUUGUAAUACAGGUCAAGGGGCCUGACAAGGAGAGCAGGACUUCCAGCAGUCCCAGGAACAGAAGGAGAAGCAAUAGUGGAGGUGGUGGUGGUGAACAGCAGCAGAGACCAUCGUCUGGCGAGUUGAAGGAAAACGAGGAUGAAAAUGAAAUACAUAUUGGUUCGUGCGAUGAACAGAAACAGAGUGGACAGUCACCACCGCAAUCGGCUGACGAGGAGAGUGACAUUGAGAGUCUCCACAGCUUCCACUACAGUCCUAAAGCGGUGGAUCUGCCGUCAGCAGUGAGAUUGGCCAAGAGAUUGUAUUCACUCGAUGGAUUUAAAAAAUCGGACGUGUCCAGGCACCUCAGUAAAAACAACGACUUUUCCAGAGCUGUUGCUGAAGAAUACCUGAGAUAUUUCAGUUUUGAAGGGGACACGCUGGACGUGGCACUCAGAAAGUUUCUCGCACAGUUCUCACUGACUGGUGAGACCCAGGAGAGAGAACGUGUACUUGUACAUUUUUCAAAGAGAUAUAUCGACUGCAAUCCUGGCUCUUUCAAUUCUCAAGACGCCGUGCAUACACUAACAUGCGCUAUAAUGCUCCUCAAUACCGAUCUACAUGGACAGAACAUUGGAAGAAAAAUGUCGUGCUCCGAGUUCAUUGAGAAUCUGUCGGAGCUCAACGAUGGUGAUAAUUUUCCUAGGGAGGUGCUCAAACAACUUUACACGGCUAUCAAGUCUUAUCCUCUCGAAUGGGCACUCGAUGAGGAAGGAGAUGACACGGCGUCUCAGGUAAUUCAGCAGGGCGAUGGGCCAGCGAUAUCAGCAUCCGGCAAUCCAUUUCUCGAUGUGCCAAAUGUCACUGGUGCUACUGAAUUCAAGAAGGGUUACGUCAUGCGCAAGUGCUGUUACGACGCUAACGGAAAGAAAACUCCAUUUGGCAAACGAGGCUGGAAAAUGUAUUACUGUACACUACGUGAACUUGUCUUAUAUCUGCAUAAAGACGAGCACGGCUUUCGCAAUGAUAGCCUACACAAUGCCAUAAGAAUUCAUCAUGCAUUAGCGACCAAGGCGUCCGAUUACACGAAAAAACAGCACGUGUUCAGACUGCAAACUGCUGAUCAGGCCGAGUACCUCUUCCAAACUAGCGAUUCCAAGGAGCUUCAGUCAUGGAUAGACACAAUAAACUUCGUAUGCGCGAGUUUUUCCUGUCAGCCACUCGCCGGAGCGGUAGGUUCACAACGAAAGUUUCAACGGCCUUUGCUUCCCUGCAGUCACACCAAAUUGACGCCUAGAGAACAGUUAAGGGACCACGAAGAGAGGGUUAAUAGACUGGAGGCUGAGCUGGAAGAGCACCGGAGGCAUCCGCCUGAGCGUGGAGCCAAAGCUCUCACUGUUCAAAAUUACAAGGAGAAGGAUACCUAUCUUCAUUACGAGUUGAAAAGAUACAAAACAUACGCCUAUCUGCUGCGUUCUCGUUUGGCAUUUACCGAGGUCGAGCCAUCCCUCGUGGAGAGCAGUAUCGGUGAAGUUGACGAAGGUGGAGGUGUAUUACUAAACGCUGAAGUUGGAUUAGUACCACCACCAGUACCAGAUCGUCCAGCAACAAAUAGGUAUAGUUACAGGGCUGCCAUUUACAACCGUAAUCUACUUAAUGGUCAGGACUACGGCGGGGACAUUGGUUGACGCGUCAUGGGUGUUUUUUCGGCGUGCGUCAUCUAAUCCUUCAUCUAAUUAACAAUAUACACAGGCAGGAUAAUAUGAACAAAAAAAAAAAACCAUAUUCUAAAGUUCAACGAGAGUUUCAAUCAAUUGAUAGAAGUUAAAUAAAAACAGUAUCAAUUAUUACAAGCACAAGGGAUAAAUAAUGUUUUCAUUGGAGUUGAUGAAAUUAAUUAAUUAAUGAGAGAUAUAAUAAGGGUAAUACAUGAGUCUUCGAAUGUACUGAACUGCCUGUGUGUAAUACAACGCCGAAAUUAUUUAAUUAUUAACAAUUGGUGGAUUCAGUGGGGUCAAGGGAUUUAUCGUUUCUGUAUAUUAAUUGUUUUAUUUAUUGAUAGAAUUCAAUGAUUAACUAGGGGCUCUCUGAUUGAGGGUCAUUACGGAUCUGAACAUCUCAGUGUGUAAUAUUAAUUAAUUAAUUAGCGCUCAAUUAUUAACAUAACGAGGGCUCAACUCGUUUAUCAACAGCUGAAAGUAUGCGAUAUGGUGCUGGUCUCUGGUUUAUUUAUAAUAAAUUAAGUUUAAGGUUUUUUAACACUUCGGCACAUAUUUCAAUCGAGUAAACGUGAUUCAUUUUGUUUUGUUACUUUCAUAAGUAUUUGUGAUUGAAAAAAAAAACGAAAAUCAUUUAUUCGAUUGAAAUAUUUCUGCUGAAUGUUGAAUUGGUUCUUCGCUUUUUUAUCGUACUGAUAACACCGGUUAUAAUUUAAUUAACAAAACAAUUGUGUCAUAUGCAACAUAUAGUUUUAACUCAUGAUAAUUACGUAGAUGUAAUCAUUGCUUCAUUGCCUCUCUAACAUCUAAGGAUCUGAUUUUUUAAUCUGUACUUUUAUAUAUAAGUAGAUGAAUAUUAUUUAAUUUUUUCCUCUUGUUAUUUUGAGAGACGUACUGGAGGUGUCAAUUAGAAAAUCACUUUUUUACGUUUCAUGCAUUUUGUCGUACUCAUAUUCUUUUUUUAUUCACUUACUCGGUGCAUUCUUCUCUCAACGAUAUUUCAUUCCAAACGUGAGAAUGUCGAUGAAGUAAUCUCAACGAAGAUUUACGAUUGAUGCUCGAAAGGCCAAAGAAUAUGUUUAAUAAAUAAUUCUAGCUUCAACAUCAAUGACUAACAGCUCAUUUGAUACAUUGCGUUGUUUAGAGCCAAGACUGCACAAUAAUUGAGAAUAAAACAAUAGUUGACAUGGAUAUGUUGACAUCUCAAUGAAAAAAUUCCUGAUAAUUUCUUCCUCAAUCAUUAGGAUUUAUUCGAAAUUUUGUUUAUGUUUGUUUCAUUGUUGGCGUUGAAAAGUUGUUUAGAAAGUGAAUGAAGUUAAAUUACCUAUUGAGAGGUUUAAAGAAAUAUUGUCAAUGACAUGUAUUGCGCAUUUGAAUUAUGUUCGUUGGAUAAAAAUUAUAAAAAUUGUUUUUUUUUUUUAAUGCUGAUUAGGACUUGAACAGUGAUAGUAUUAAUUGUAGAGAGAUGUAGUCGUGAGAUCUGGGAUUAUGGAACUGAGGGGCUAAUGGAUGAUUUAUCAGAAUAUAGUGAUGUAGCAUUUUAUAAUAAUUGUUUACAACAAUUCGUUGCAGUAUUACGUAAUUCUAGUGGGUUUAUCCAGGUAUAAAUGAGAAUUGACGUUCACUAAACUGCGGAUUCCAUAGAUUUGUACAACUAGUGUAUGGGGGCCUAACGCCUAAGCCUACAUGUUAUGGGCAUCCAUCUACGUUUUCACAAAUACUAUCCAUUUGUUGAUAGUUCAUUUUAACAUUUAGAAAGCGUUACAUAUAUUUUUUUUUCAAGAGGAAUUAUGAAAUGAGGAGAAUAGAUUUAAAUCGUGAUUUGGAUUAAUCCAAGGGAGUUUCAAUUAAUUGUCGAUGUUGACGAAGAUGUCGUAGGUAGAGGACAUCAUAAUCAAAAGGAUCAGCUUUGGCAGUUGUUAGCAGCUACAUAUAUUGAAUAGUAUUUUUCCAUAAUUCAUCAUUCCAGAGUUUAGCAGUCGAAAUAGUAAUGCUCUCAAUUUUUUAAUUUGAUUUAUUCCUUCAUUUCAAUUACUAGUCUAUCAUCAUUAACAAAUGCUAAGAAUAAUUUCCAUAUUUUUCAUAAUUUUUAAUAGUAGCUCAUCAAAUUUUGUCUCCCAUUUUGAAAUAUACGUUUAUACACAUAGAAAAAUCAUUGAACACAAGGAAUUAAAAGUAAUUAAUUCUCAACAGUGGAUGAAUGAUAAUUAAAGGACGAAUAAGAGAUUAUUCACUUAGUGUAUAGGAAGAUCCUUGUAUAAAGCUGUAAUAUAUGUGGAUAAUGAUAAUUAUUAUAAAUACUAUUGAAGCUAAUGGCAAUAAAGAUUAAACUAUCUCCAAAUGA